AUGGGAUCCAUGGUCUGGCAGCUAGUCUGCUUUCUGCUCGAGCUCCUGAGCUACUGGAUUGCGGCUUCCGAGCGCCUACUGCCCCUACACCUCUUCGCCAUAUUGGCUAGAAUCUUCGUACUGUUUCGUCUGUUCUCGUUGCUGGAAUGGCCCAAGAAGCUCCAGCUACUCCGCUUUCUCUUCCGGCGCUUGGGCAUAUACGUCUACAAAACAGCCAAGCCCAUUAUUCUCUCUCUCCUCUUGCUGCUACUGGAAUCGCCGGAGAGUCUUCAACAUUGUUUGAUCGGAGCGAACCGAACACUGCAUCGGCCUCUGCCCUCUACCUCGCGUCUUCUGCUACUCUCGCCUGAACUACGGCAACGAAUAUGGACAAUGCUUCUCGAAGACUUUGAUUGUGUUCAUGUCAGAGAGGUAGCACCCAGAAUCUACACCAGCUAUGUCGAGCGGCUGCGUCUCUAUAUGGACAUCAACCCCGAAUACUCGACCAUGUGGUUCUCGACAGAACCUUUUCCUCGUAGCUUGCAACUGCAGAUCGCUUUCAUUCAAAGCUGCCGUCAAAUCGAAAACGAAGCGGGCUACGACCUUUUCAGCAACACAACCUUCUAUUUCACGGAGGCCAAAGCGCUUGUGUCGUGGAUAAGAAGCCUCACUCCUGCCCAUAAAUGUGACGUUCGCAAUAUGAAGAUCAAGAUGCCAAACGACUUCUUCAACCAAUCGGGCAUCACAGACAGCAGUCUCACCCGAGAUGCUGUUCAGGUGCGUUUCGCUAUGGAGAAGCUAAGCGGUCUACGAUCGUUGAAUAUCUGGUUCUGGACUGAUCACUGGAUUCAUACUACAAAGCAUGAAGCCCGGCGCGUCUAUGAGCUGGUUAGAAACGUCAAAGUCUCCGAGGUCCUGAUUGUUCAAUUGGUGGAAGAGACGCAUGUCAGGUCUCGAGAGGCCAACUGGAUGGAGGUGGGAUGGCCUGCGGAUAGCCAGGAGGAGUUUGCGUACGCUGUUUGGGCAAGGAUUUAUGAUCCGGGAAGUGAGCUGCAACUGCUGGUGCCGGUUGAACAGGGAAGCCGAGCCAAGUUUGUGCUCAAAGUCAAGGAGUACGAGUAUUGA